AUGAAUUGUUAUUAACAUAAUUCCCAAACCACUCAUGUUUGCAAUAAACUAGAUUGCAAAUAUAAAUUGGCAUGUAAUUCAUGUGUCAACUAACAGCAUAUUGGCCAUGUCGAUACAAAUGUAACUCCCCUUUCCAAGUUUGUUGAUAGGAUGUUAUAUGAAUUUCAAAGAUCAGAAGUUGAACGAUUGAAACGAAUUUAUUUCAAGGAAGACAUAAUUUAGCAUAUUAAAAAAGAAUUUUAAUACUUAAAAGAAAAGACGAAUUAGAUUCUUAAUUAGAGGGAAUAGAAGUUAAUAUCUCUAAUUGAUAAUCAAUGGAUACACAGUAAAUAAUUAAAGAAUAUCAUUGAUCAUAUUGAAAUGAUGAAGGAUGGUAAGGUGUACGAAGAAGGAUUAUAAUUAGUAUUGCCAAUAUUGUAAUAGGGAUCAUAGGAUGUGAUUAAUAAAUAUGAAAAAGAUAAAAUUAGAAUAGUUACUAAAGUGAGAGAAUAAAUUAAUUAAGUUAAAACAGUUUUAGAUGGGUUAUUCUAUAUUGGAAAUUAGUAUUAAUUAGAUCAAUAGUAGAUCAAGCUAGAAAAUGCAUUGAAAUUAGAAAAUACACUUAAAUCACGUGAAGAUAGAUUGUUUUAGAGUGCAAUUCAUUUGUCAAAUCCAAAGGAGUAUCACACAUCUAAGCCAUACGGGACCUACUAAGAAUUUGUGGAUAGUUUAUAUCCUGAUAAAUAAUAGGAGUAUAUUUAAUCAAUUGAUUACACUUCAUUACUUGCAAGACCAACUAAAUUUGAUAAUACUCAAUUAUAAUUUGAGAAAACAGAAAAUUUUUAAUUAUAUGGAGUAAUUGACCAUUUAACAUAUGUGAUAUCAUGUAUAAGAAUGAAGAAUGGAUAAAUUGUUACAUGUUCGAAAAUAGUUUCAUUUUUUGAGUACCCUAGUUUAAAAUUAAUGUAAUAAUUGGGCAAUAAUCAAAACAUUAAAUAAGUGGUUGAAAUUACUUAAAGUCUUUUGGCUUUGUUAACUUAGACACAAGUAUUGAUGUAUGAGAAGAGGAAGGAUAAGUGGAUACCCAAAGGUGAGUUUAUAACACCUAAUAUUGGAGUGAUUAAUAAGAUUGGUUUGAUCAAUGAUCUAUUCUUGAUUUUAGUUUAAACUCAAUUAAUUGUUUAUAAAUUGAAAUAACAAAUAAUAGCAGAUUAACCAAUUGAAUACUUAUUUAUCAAUUUAACUCCACAGGUUUACAUGCAUAAAUAUGAUUGUUGUAGCUUUGCGAUAUUUGAGAAUAAACUAUUUUCAGCAGACUUAGGGGGAAGACUCUACUAAUGGAAAUUAGGGAAUGUGUUUCAUGUUGACAAUGUCAUACAAUCAAGUAACAAUGAAGUAGUGGGCAUAAUACCUAUGCAUGACAGCAGAUUGAUUACAAUUGGAACUGAUGGAGUAAUUAGACUAUGGGAUAGUGCAUUACAAUUGGUUACUACUGUAAAGCAUAGAAGUCCAUUUACAGCUUCAGUUGAGGGAAAUGAACUAGAUACAUUUUAUACGGGGGAUGUGUCUGGAAAAAUUUAGAAGUGGAAAGUUACGGUGUUGAUUGAAUCCCUUAUUGAAUUAGAUGCUCAUAAUGAUCAAAUCACUGAUUUACAAUUCAGUACAUACUUAAUUAGUUGUUCAGCAGACAAGAAGGUAAAGAUUUGGAUUACAUAGAAAUGAAUAUAAACUUAUAAAUAUUAAUAACUAAUGGUAAA